UACAGGUGAAGUACGGCUUUGAUUCGCAGAUGAGCCGAAGAAGGUCAGCUGUAAUGUGCCGAUCAGCUGCGAUUGUGUUUUCUUGGCCUGGAUUUUAUUCGUCAAAACACAUUUUACAUGUGACCGACGAGAGAUGAAACUGAAACGUGGCUUUUUCACGCGUCGCAUCAUCGCCUUGUUUGUCCAUUGAUUUUCUUUUCAUGAAGUCGCGGAUAGAAAGGAAUCCAACAUGUCGGAUUUAAGGUCGAUUUUAUUGGUGGGAGAGGGGAACUUUUCAUUCUCUGCCGCUUUGACGCGGUUCUACUCGUCCUCGGAGACGCGGAUAACUGCCACUUGUCUGCAGGAUAAAGAUGCGGCACUGCGGCAGCAGCAGGCGGCCGACAACAUUCAGACCGUCGAGGGCUCUGGAGGAGCUGUGCUUUUCGAGGUGGACUGCACUAAGCUGGAGGAGUGCGCGUCUCUGCGGGGUUGUGCUUUUGACCGCAUACUGUUUAACUUCCCUCACUGUGGGAGAAAGAGUGGUGUAAAAAAGAACAGGCAACUUCUCAAAGACUUCUUCCUCAGCUGUGUUCAGUUUUUGGCCGAGGAAGGGGAGGUUCAUGUCUCCCUGUGUAACGGACAGGGUGGCACACCAGUGGACCAGCCUAGGCGCGAGUGGUUUAACAGCUGGCAGGUUGUUGCUAUGGCAGCUGAAGCUCACCUAAUCCUCAGUGACGUCCACAAAUUUGAAAGUGAGAAAUAUCAAAGCUACAAAUGCACCGGAUACAGGAGUCAAGACAAAGGCUUUCAUCUGGAGAAUGCCUUGCUUCAUGUGUUUACUCGCAGCCUCCCUUAUGCUUCUGCUAAAGUAAUAAAACUGGAGGAAGAUGUUGAUGGACAGAGGGUCCAAUUCAACAUGCCAGCAGAGCUUGGUGACUUUAUGUUCAGGGACUUUCUCGCCUCUGAUUCUGUCCAUCCUGUGAAAUUGGUGCAAGAUUUUAUUCUCGAUGGGGUCGGGGAAAGAUGGCCUGUCUCCAUGACAACUGCGUCCCAUUCAUUCCUACUCACGGCGAAACAAUGGGAAACAAACCACUGUGGUGUUGAGGGUGAGCAAUGUUAUUGGAUUCAUCCGCUGCAGAAAGGCUUCAACUCUGACAGCUUGUUAGCCACAGAGCUGGCUCACCUUACUCUCUUGGACAGUCAGGACACACACAGAGGUCCAUCUGAGAAGCCGCUGAGGAACAAAGCUGCUGAUGGCUCAAGGUUUUUAUGCUCGCAUUCGACGGACCCUGAUGAGGACCUUUAUUUGCUGCGGCCGUCAUUGAUCCCUAAAUUAAGUGAACUGCAUAAUAAAAAUCAAGGCGGGAAAGUGAGCGCUACUGAGAGUAAUGUGAACUACGAAAGUGCUACAGGAUGUGAAAAGUUGAGCGGGAGAUGUAAUGGCGUCACCUGUGUUUUGUACGGCAUGAGCGGUCUGGUGUUCAGGAAUUUGCCGGUCAACUUCUGGAAUAUACCAGUUUUCCAUGAGCUUCACCUCACAGGGGUCUUUUCCUCUCAGUCAGAGCCAGUGAAGCUAUUUGAACAAACGUUUGACAGGCUUCUUUCUCCCCUUGGUAUUUCCAUUGUUGCUGAGGAUGGAGGCUUCAGCUUCAUGGCACAUCCUAUGGGUUCAGUUGGGAAAGUGCUGUCCAGGACUUCCGGGGAUGACAUUACUGUCACCGUGUCUAUAAAUUUGGAUGUCCUCGCCGUCGUUCUCUUCUCCAUCCCAGACUGGCGCUUGCUGUGGUCAUAUGACCCCCGCUUUUUAAAACAAUUUGCUCCCCGCCCCUCACCAGGAACAUCCUAUCAUGCCUUCUCUCUCUUCCCUGAAAUCUUCAGCUUUGAUAUCAGUUUCUGGAUUGGGUCCAGCUGGGAAGAGCUGAAGUUUCACGCCCUGGUGCGGGAAGCCAGUCUGGGAACUGUGGAGCAAGUGAAGCUCAUCGAUAAGUUCUCGCAUCCGGACCUGAGCCAGACCAGCUACUGCUACAGGCUCAUUUACCAGUCGCACACACAUGCGCUCUCGCACACGCAAGCCCUCAAGUUUCACAAAAACCUGGAGUCUCUGCUGUCCUCUCGGCUGCAGGUCACUAUCAGGUAGCUGCCAAACUGGAAGAGGAAAAAGGAUUAACCUCAUUCAUUUGCAUCGGGGCUAUAUUUAACUUUUUUUCUUUGAAUGUCAUUAGCUUACAACAAGAUUAUUGGGAACAAAGAUAACUUUUUAUGAAGGGAAAAUGUGUAUUAAUAUUAAUAUGAUGCUGCUUGAACCACGUACGUCUGUGAAUCCUUUAUUAAAUAUUUAACUAAACACAGUAAUUGUCAGUAAAUACUUCUUUUGGGAAAGUGUUUGUUUUUUUUUGCUUUGUUUUUGCUUUUCCAAGGCAUGUCCUCUGUUACAAUUUUAAACUGCUCUCUGCCACAUUGUGAAAGUUAAGUCUUCCUUCAUACAGUCAAAUGUAAUCUGUCAAGGAUAUUCCAGUUCAGCAGGAUGUGAUGAAGAACAGCAGCAGACCCUGCACACAAAUUCGGAUAAGGAAAAGCAAAUAAUUGGAUUCACCUCAGAUUAUUUAGAUGAUGGUUCACUAAGAGGCUGUCAGGAGUUUUUGUUUAUUUGUGGGAGUGUAUCGAGUGUUACCUGGCGCUACAAAAUGUGUCUGUUUAUUUGGAGGCUCCCUCAAUAUUUUAAGUAAAGUGCCUUUAUUUAUGCAAACAGGAAGCUUGGAUGUUUAUUUGUGCCGACCAAGUAUAAGGGCUUACCUCACACAUGACUGUUGUAGUUACAGGCAGGAUGUUUUCAAUCAAAUCCUCUAAGUCGCCGAGCUAAAAAUAGAUGAUUCUGUCCGCAGCUUAACUUUGACCUCCAUUGUAACACCAAAUUAACUUUAGCUCUUCUUUUUAAUGGAUACUAUUGUAGUGGACUGUAGCAUUUCCAUCAUUCAGAAUGUCAUAACUAAGUACAAUGUUAUUUGCUUUGGAGUAUCUUUUUUGUUGCCUCUUAAUUUUCUUAAACUUUUCUUCCACC